AUGAAUUUAGGCAAGUGCAAUGGACGGACGGCACGUGCUUCAGGCGUCUUGCCGUUCGGCGCUUCUAGAGGACUGACCAUUCCGUUUCUUGACAGCAUUCUACCAAACAAUGGAAUAAGUUCAGGCUUUAGCGGUUUGCUCGACACUGUGAGAGGUGCGCUGAAUGUUGGCCGAAACUCAAACAUUUUGGGACUUGUGAAACAGAGCUCUGGCUUGUUCAACGCAGGCAACAGAGGCGGAGGGAACUACGGCGCAGGGUGGGGAUCAAAUGCAAGAAUCGUCGGAGUUCCAUUUGGUGACAAUACGGAUUUUAACGUCAAUCCUUCCAUGGGCCAGUUUCAAGGCGGUCGAUCGUUUGGAAUUCCUGGAAUUUUUGAAGAGUCUUCAAGAACUAAUUUUGAUUGGCAGCAUCUCAACUUUGCGGAUCAGAAGCGCAGGUGUAUCUUCGGAUUCUGCGCCGAUCGCGGAUUUGGAUUUGGUGGUAUAUAG